UAUCGCAUUAAUGGAAAUUGAAAACGAUAUGCAAAUUACUUACCAUAAAUUUCUUAUAAAAAUAUGUAACGAAUUAUUUAUAAAUGGCAAUGAUCAUGAGAAAGCAUUAAAAAUUUUAACCAAUUCACUAAGUACACUUGAUAAUGAUGAACUAGUGCCUCAAAUAUUAAGUUUGAUUUGCAAAAUAUUGUAUACAUCUUCCGCGUCAAACGAAAAGGUUAAAUUGAAAAGUGUUAGCAUAUGUACACCAGAAAAACGAACACCUCCAUCGUUAUUAUUUGCAACACCGUCUGCACGUAUUGAGAAAUUUUUGAAAAGUCGUACACCUGGUUUAACACCAGCAACUAAGUUUAAAAUUUAUACACCAAAAACCGAAAAAAUUAAUCGUCUACCGGUUAAAUCAGAUGAUAACGAACGAAUACUCACACCUAAACCAAAGAAAAGUCUUCGAAAAGUUGAUGAUUCAAUUAAAAAGGAUGCAAAUAAAGCAAGAAAAAAUAUUUUGGGAGGUGAUAAUAAAAAUAUGGAUUUGACGUUAGAAAUAAAUAAAAAUGAUACCAAUAGCUCACACAAUGGUAAUGAAUUAUGGAGUAUACAAACUGGCGACGUGAGCAAUAUUAAAACUCCAACCACUAACAAAUUUUUCAAACAUCUUCAUGAUUUUUCUGAUACUUACAAAUCGAAAACCGAAAAAAUAAAUCGAUUACCAAGCAAAUCAAAAAUUAAAUUGCCUACUAUUCAGUAUUCAGAUGUAUAUGAUCAAAUACAUAGUCCUGAACAAAAGAAAAGUGUUCGAAAAGUUUAUAAAUCAAUUAAAAAAGGGGCAAUUAAAGCUUUACAGAGUGAUAGUACAGAUUCAUCAAGUGAAGUACUCGAUUUAGAUGGGGACGAUGAUGUAUUUACAAUCAAUAAUAAUAAAACUCCAUGCACCAACAAGUUUUUCAAAUCACGUACACCUGGUUCAAUAUUGACAUAUAAAAAGAAAAUUCAUACACCCAAAACAGAAAAAAUUGAUCGAUUAUCAAUUGAAUCGGACAAUAAAUUACCUACUUUUACCAAUUCGGAAGAUAUUUAUCGGACUCCUGAAUCAAAGAACAGUAUUCGAAAAAUUAAAAAGAAACAAAUUACGGAAGGAAUAACUAAUUUGAAAGUAAAUGAUAAAGAAAAGGUGGUUAGUUCAAAUUCGACAGAAAAUGAUAGUACAGAUUUAUCAAGUGAAAAAACUGAUUUAGAUGGCGACGAUGAUGUAUCGAUAAAAGUUAUUAAAACUUGCUUGGAUACAAAAAUAAAAAAUGAUAUUGGAAAAAAUAAACAAGUGCGAAAUAAGUCUGCUGUGAAAAGUCAGACGGGUGAUUUUUGUGCUACAUCAAUUGAUAUUUGUGACAAUUUGGCAGUUAAUAAAUGUCUAAAUUAUAAACAUACUUAUUCUAAAUCAAGUGUAAACGAUCACCUAUCAGAACAGUUAUCAAACUUAAAAAUUGAACAAAACAGUGAAAUGACGCAUUCAUCACCGGCUAAGCAGAAGAUUAAACCGAAGACAGCUACAAAACGAAAUACUACAAAAGAGGAAGAGAAAGAUGAACAUAAUAGUGAAAUUGAAUCUAGAAGAAUGUUAACACGACGUGCUAAAAAAAUGGAGAGUCUUGAAUUAAUGGAAACAGAGACAAAUAAUGAUAAUAAAUCGUUGGAAAAAUCUUCUGUUGAUGUUCCAUCACCGAAAGUUCAAAAGAAAAUUGUCAAAACUACAACAAAGAAAGUAAGUAAAGCAAAACUGAAACCAAACAGUUCACCGAAUUCAAGUGAAAGUGUUUCAAAACCGAGAAGGAAACCAAAAAAUCCGUUUAUUUUGUAAAACAAUGAACUAGUUGUAAUGUAAGUUUUUUACUAGUUUGAAUUAUUAUUAAUUUAUAUUAUCUACUUGUUAUUAUU